AUGGCACCAGUACAGAGCGACGAUGCUUCCUUAUUCUACACCGAGCGUAUAUCGCAAUACGUUUGCAUCCCGCCUUCAUGUCUCGCAGAUCCCUUCUCAGCAGUGUGCGCGACCGUACUAUCACCGCUACUCCUCACAUACUUCCCACCUGCGAAGGGUGUGGUCCUCGCAUACGAAGAUGUUGAGCUGAAUAGCACACCACCAACCGCCGCAACAUCGAAAACCAAGAAGUCACAAUCUCAACAGCAAAGCGAGUCAAGUUCUGAUGAUGAUGCGCCCGCGGAGCCUUUACUACUCAGACACGUUGAUGAAUACGCGGCGCCGUUCUUUUGGGUUACUGCCUCGUUCAUUGUGUGGCGACCAACGCGAAAUGCCCACCUGACCGCUCAUAUCACGGACCAGGCGAAGACUCAUCUCACGCUCGCACAUCUCAACACCUUUCCCGUUAGUAUACUCAAAGAGUGCCUGCCCUCGGACUGGUCGUGGCAUUCGGAAGAAGCUGGUCACAUGAAGAAGGGCUGGGAUGGACGGUUGUCAGAUGAAGGAGGUUGGUGGGUGAACGGAGAUGGCGAAAAGGUUGAAGGAGAAUUGCGCGUGAGGAUACGGGACGUUGAUGGCAGAAUGGAUGGAAAGGGCAAGGGUAAGGGCUUCCUACGUGUCGAUGGAGCCCUGAUCUCUGAAGAGGAGAUAAAGCAGGCACAACAGAAGAGCGGGAAAGGGAAGAGGAAGGCUACUACAAGCGCCAUGAAGGCGACACCACAGAGACAGGCAGAUGGAGAAGUCAUGGAAAUUGACUCAGACUAG